CAUACCCGUACUCGUACGUGUACACGUGACAAGUCUACAGUGGCGUUACAGUAUUGCCCCAGUCUUUUUUGUGUCGACGUUAUAUCGCGUGCUACAUUGAGUAUUAUUUGAUUCGUUAUCUUUUCAUUUGAAAAAUAGGGGAAAAAACGUGAUCAAGAAAAAUACGGCGGAAAGAAAAAGACAGUCCCAGGACAUAAACAAAGAAGAUAUAAACAAAUAGAAGGAAAGGAUUAUGGCACGAUCAUCAACUUAUGCAUUGAAUGGCCCGAGUUUUCCAAUGGCGGGACAAGAUCCAAAAUGGCAAAAGGAUGCAUCAGAUCAAAAUUUUGAUUAUAUGUUCAAGUUAUUGAUAAUUGGUAAUUCUUCAGUUGGUAAGACGUCUUUCCUCUUUCGUUACGCCGAUGAUUCUUUUACGUCGGCCUUUGUUUCAACGGUUGGAAUUGAUUUUAAAGUAAAGACAGUAUUUAGAAAUGACAAAAGAGUUAAGCUUCAAAUUUGGGAUACUGCCGGUCAAGAAAGAUACAGAACAAUUACUACAGCUUAUUAUAGAGGAGCGAUGGGCUUUAUAUUAAUGUAUGAUAUAACUAAUGAAGAAUCUUUUAAUUCAGUGCAAGAUUGGUUAACCCAAAUUAAAACCUAUUCAUGGGAUAAUGCUCAGAUCAUUCUUGUUGGUAAUAAGUGCGAUAUGGAAGAUGAAAGAGUUAUUAGUUUUGAAAGGGGUAAACAGUUGGCUGAACAUUUAAAGGUUCAAUUUUUCGAAACAUCUGCGAAAGAAAAUACUAAUGUUAAGGCCGUAUUCGAGACUUUAGUGGAUAUCAUUUGUGAUAAAAUGAGUGAAUCGCUUGACAAUGAUCCAACACUGAUGGCGGGUGGAACAGGACAACAGAAAGGUCAACGACUCACCGAACAAUUAACUAAUCCUACAGAAACCAAUUGCAACUGCUAAAGCCUCACCAUAUGUUGAAUCUUGACAAGAUGAAGCCAUUUACUUCUCAAUCAAGAUGGCUACAUAGUUAGUCUCUUCUUUGUCGUUCCAUUGCUAGUUUCCUUUUCGAACGAAUCGUUUUAACCAUUUUAUCAAAAAAAUAGAGUGAGAAAAGGACGACAAACCUUUUUCUCGAUAACUGCUUGAACGUAAAUGUGGUCGAUGAAUGAAAUUAUUA